AUGGCCAUCCGAGAUCAGGAGAGCGUGAAAUGGCCACACCCUUUGAAGCCCAACGUCGGAAAUCAGGAGCAAUAUUGCCACUUCCACCGCAGCCGUGGGCACACUACUGAAAAUCAACAACAAAGGCAGUCAGUAAACAAUCACCAAAUAGUGGGGGAGAUCGAAACCAUCGCUGGAGGCCCAUCAACGCCUUGUCAAGUUCUAAUUGCGGAUAACAAUGAGCCACCAACAAAGAAGCUUCAUGUCGAUCACUCCAUCAUCUUCAAGGAAUCCGAUCUAGAAGGAAUAAAGACACCUCAUCAAGAUCCACUGGUGAUUAGCGCAGGAAUCGGCGACCCGUGCUAUAAUAUUAAAAGGAUCUUGGUCGACAAUGGAAGCUCAGUAGAUGUUCUAUUCUACUCCACUUUUCUUAACAUGGGCCUAUCCAGAGAGAAACUCCAACCUAGUGUCGGUCCACUAUACGGAUUUGACAACCGACCCGUAAGAUUUGAAGAAACCAUUAGUCUCCCAGUCCUACUUGGAGAAUUCACCCAUCAAGUUGAGCAUCCUAUUCAGUUCAUUGUAGUGAAAUCUGAAUCAGCCUACAAUGCGAUCUUUGGAAGGCCACUCCAAAUAAUCUUCGCCAGCUGA